AUGUCAAUAACACCAGGCCCACGACCACUAAUGAAAAGAGGCCCCAAACCCCAAUUCUUCGACGACACACCAGUGCCGACGACCGACGAUCCACCCGAGUUCGAAAGCCACGUGGUUUUGCGUGUACCUGAAGAUUGUGUGAGUCGAAUCGAGAAGAUCAUCAAUACGGACGGAAAACUAGAAGAAUUCUCGAUCAACCUGAACGCAGACGCCCGGAAUACAACGAUUCGAAUCGGAAAUCAGUUAUUAAACGGGAAGAUUUUGGACUUGCCAACUGUGACCGAAGUGCACAAGACAUUGGAUAACAAGAGUCUGUAUAAAGUGGCCGAUGUCUCACAGAUUCUCGUUUGCACCCAUGAUUCUAUUAAUCCGGCGGCUUCAAGCACGUCAGCACCCUCCGAUUCCACAGAAGACGCUCAAAAACUUGCAAAAAAAGCGGCGAAACAAUGGCAAUACCCGCAUGGUUUGACGCCUCCAAUGAAGUGCGCUCGAAAGAAGCGAUUCCGAAAAACAAAAAAGAAGAAGCUUAUGGAUGCACCGGAGGUCGAAAAAGAGCUCAAACGUCUUCUUCGCGCAGAUUUGGAAGCGGAUAGUGUCAAAUGGGAGAUUGUUGAAGGGAAUAAAGGAGAUGCCGGUGUCGGGGAUGAAGGCGUCACACAGACACAACGACACGUCACAUAUCCAUCGAGUAGUGAAGAGGAUUCUGAUGCGCUCGCUGAUGACGAUGAUAAGGAUGAUUUAUAA